AAAGGAGCAACGCAAGGGAUCAAGAUUGCCGUAGACAAUUGGCUUUAUUCCAACGAUAAAAUUUAUGAACACGCUAUCAAAAAAGAGCUUGAAGCUCUUUGUCCGGACCGAAUGGAACGAUACAAAAAAGCUUCCAGAUGGGAGGCUUUAUUUUGCAAAAUUGAAAGCUUAGUAAUUGACGAAGAUGACAAAAUGUACCUUCAAAUGGUUGCUAAACGGGUUUUUGGAAGACAACCUACCAAAAAUCAGUAUGCG